AAAGAGAUAAAACCUUUAGAAGAAGAGAAAGUGGAAGCAACGAAGCAUUUAGAUUCGACUGAAUUAUCAGGAACAACGUCACGUUCAACAGAUGAAGGACACGAAGAUAAACAUGAUAAUGAUUAUUUGGUUGGUGGUAAUUCUGAGGCCGUGUCAAUAACGUCAUCAAGAUUACUAGAAGAAUAUCCUUCUUCACAUUAUUUAAAAGAAAGAGCAUCAACAGCUCAAAUGUCUACCGUAACAUUUCAAAUGAAUUCAACAUCUGAAAAAGAAUUAUUAGAAAAAUUUGGACAAUGUACAAAGUGCAAUCAACCGAAUACAGGCGAAGAUAAUUGGUGUCGAUCAUGUAACUCGUUACAGUUUCGUUCUCAAUUUGAUUAUUGGUCAAGUGGAAACGAAAAUGUUAAUAAGAUAAUAAGAAAUGCUCAAUUAUCGGCAAGGAGUAAUAAAUGUGUGUUGGAAUGGAUUCCCUUUAAUAAAUUUCAAGAUGUAAAAUACGUGUCGAAAGGCGGUUUUGGUACGGUAUAUUCUGCUUAUUGGGUGGAUGGAUAUAUUUUAGGGUGGGAUAAUAAUCUCGAACAGUGGCAACGGCACGGAACUGAUAUGGUUGCACUUAAACGAUUGCAUAAUUCUAAGUUUAUCACUAUGGAAUUUCUCAAUCAAUUACAUGAUAAUAGUAACAUCGUUCAGUAUUAUGGAAUUACACAAUAUCCGGAAACAGAUGAUUAUAUGAUCGUAAUGGAAUAUGCGGUUCAAGGAAGUAUUAGAUCAUACCUGAAUGGAAGAUUCAACACAAUGAAUUGGUAUGGAAAGAUGAAUAUACUUUCAAGCAUAACACGAGGAUUAGAGUGGAUGCAUGAAUCAGGUUACAUACAUUAUAACCUUCAUGUGGGAAAUAUAUUAAGAACAGGAACAGGAGAAACCAUUAUUACAGACGUUGGUAUUAAAAAACCAACGAUUAAAUUCACUUCAUUAUUAAGGGAUAAAUGUAAAUCUUGUGAUGAGAUGUCUAGAAAUUCUUCUACUUUCACUCCUACUCCGCUUCUUUAUGUUAGCCAUCCUGAAGCUGUUUAUCAUAGUAGAUUAUUGGAAUUUGAUGAUAUGCCUAGAAUCAUUAAUACUGACAGAAGGUCCAAGCUGCUAAAUUCUUUUCCCUAUUCAGAGUCUCGCCAAAUUGACGGACAAGAUAAUUUGGAAUAUCAAGAUGAUCAAGAUGAUCAUACUAGUUCAUGUCUUUGUCCAUUUAAUUAUUUAUUAAAUUGGUUACAUUCCCUUAAAAAACUUAAAAAAUAA